UUGGAAUAGGAAGCAUUGCUAGGGUUGUGCGAUAGUAAUUUCCUUGUUGUAAGCUGGCAUUCCGAGACCCGGAAGGUAUUUUUAAAAAUGAAAGUAUAGACUCUGUACACUGGUACAUGAGUUGUAGAGUUUGAGAAACUAAGACUCCAGCAACAUGAACAGCAAACCUAAUGCACAAACAACGUCGAGCGAAAAUCCAUUAGAAAGCACCAGAGGCAAUAAAGACAACGACGUUGAUCAGCCAAAUGGGCCUGCAGUCAAGUCAAACGCUACACAUAGCGGAAAACCACGAAAUGGUCAAAGAAAGAAGGACGAUAUGAAAGAAAAACAAGCAACCAACAAUCCAUCUUCGAUUCCAAACGCCUUAGAGAAACAGAACGAGGCCGCGAACAAAGAUAAACUAGAUCAGUCAAAAGCCCCCGGACAUGCGCAAAUGAAAUCUGCAGAACGAAACAGCCUCCCUCAAAAAGAGAGAACGGUUGCAAAGAGACCAGGCAAUGGAUCAAGACAGCAGCAAAAUGUAUCGUCUGUGCCUGGAGCUAAUUAUGCGGAUGACUAUAGUAAUAAACAGCCAAGGUAUGACGCACAUAAUCAUUCAGAAAGGCCCGUUGAGUCCCAUUUUAACCAGGACCAAAAAACUCAGGCGAUGAUGCAAAUGCAACGCGCAGCAGAAGCCAGCAAGCAGAUGUUAUACGGCGUGUACGGCAAUUUCAUAUCCAUACUUGAAGAAUACGAGGCACGAACGCACGAGGCUAAAGCUGUUAGAUCAAAAAUACCGAUACCUGACCAGUCCAAGAAAAACUUGGAUGAUGUGCAGAGCAUCGUGGAGACGCAACUGUUAUUGUUUGAAACCCAGCAAAGGGCAUGUCCAAAGGCGAUUAGUCAAAGCGUCAACAAAGAGCUGAGGCAAAAGACACUUCACUGGGCCGCCGUCAGGGAAGAACAAAAUAUGAGGUACAGUGAAACUGACAGAUAUAUAUGUCAACUGUAUGAAGUUCUUGCGAAGGGAAAAACAAAACAUACCAUUCUGGAUCAACCAAGAGAACCCGUCUCUGAAGAGACGAUCAGAGAAAAUAUGCAGUACAUUUUUAAAGGGAAACAUGAAGCAAUGGAAAUUGACCAAGAAUUCAAAACUGAUGACAAGAAAAAGGCAACAAGCCCAGAAACACGUCGCUCGGAACUGGAUGAUGCUUAUACACGCGGUGCGAAGCGGAUGGAACAAGCAAUGCCUGAAUUAGUUGCGGUUCUUGUGGAAGAUCUUAAGGAGUUUGAGGGCGAUGGUAUUGUUGAUACAAAAUAAGACGACACCAUCAUUGAUAAAGUGAUGCAUGAUGUGGGCCGUGUGUUUUGUUAAACGAUUAAGGUACUUAAAAAAAGAAAUGGUGGGUUAACCCAUGAGCUUAAUCGAAUACAUUGUGUCGUUGUUGUUUUUACUGUCCUCGUGAAAUAUUAUUCUUUUUAUGAAAAUGGUGAAAUGUUUCGGCAUAUUGGUUAAUUAAUGCAAAUAUUGUUAACUCAAACACGAUAUGGGAAAAUGUAUUAACUUUUUGUUAGUAUUUUAUAAUAAUAACAAUACAUAUGAAACUUCAGCCCACUUCUUUUAGAAAUCAUGUGUGCACGUGCAUUAUGAUUUUCGCCACACACCACACAUGGUAAAUGUAUUUAUAAUCUAGCAGAAGUGUGUUUAUAUUGUUGUCUGUAUACAUGUUUUAAGUGUUAUUUGUUAAUUAUGGUUUUUAAACUGUUUAACCCAUUUGGUAAAUUGUCGGUUUGUAAUCAUUUUAUUUGGAUUGAGAAAUAAUAAUUUAAAUAAUCGUAUUAAGGAAGCGUUUUUAUUUUUAUGGUGUGUGUCUUACGCAGAUUUAUUUAAAUUAAAACCGAAAAUAAAUGUAAACGUUUCGAAUCGACAUUCACAAAUAUCAAAAUAAUUAUCGAUACAAACUGUUUAUGUUGUCUUUAUUAUCCAAUUAAUUUGAGA